AUGAUUCUCGGAUGGGGUAUCGCUGUGGCAUGCAUGGCGGCCUGCAAUACUUUCGGAACCUUCAUGGCCGCUCGCUUUUUUAUGGGUCUGUUUGAAGCCGGAUGCAUGCCUCUCUUCACCAUUCUCACCGGUAGAUGGUACCGCCGUAUCGAACAGCCGAUUCGUAUCGCCCUUUGGUACUCUGGUAACGGCACAGGUACUAUGGUGGCUGCUUCUUUAGCUUACGGUCUUGGCCAUAUUCAGUCUGAUGUGUUGAAGCCGUGGCAGAUUAUUUUCCUAUUCGUUGGUCUUGUCACUAUCGUCACCGCACCGUUCAUUUACUGGAAGCUUGACAAUGACGUUACUACUGCCCGUUUCCUUACUGAAAACGAGCGACACCUGGCGGUUGAGCGUCUCCGUGCCAACCAGAACAGUGCAACCUCCUACGAAUUCAAGUGGUCGCAGGCUCUUGAGGUUUUCCUAGAACCUAAGAGCUGGCUUUUCGUUACGAUGGCCUUGCUCCCGAACAUGGGAUCGGCCUUGCCUAGUCUUUUCGGUCCUCUCAUCGUGACUGGUUUCGGUUUCGACAAGUUCCAGGCUGCCCUACUCAACAUUCCCUAUGGAGCUAUUACAACGAUCGUGAUCAUUCUUAGCUGCUGGGCCACCCACAAGGCUAAGGUCAAGUCUGCCGUUUUGGCUGCUUUUAUGCUUCCUGUGGUGGUUGGAAUCGCCAUUCUUUACGCGCUCCCACAUAACGAAAAGAAAAACCAGGGACCGCUGCUCUUUGCAUACUACCUGACUUCAUUCAUCUAUGCCGCCAAUCCCCUUCUUCUCUCUUGGGUCGUUGGAAAUACCGCCGGUGCUGCCAAGAUGUCCACCAUGGUUGCAUUCUACCAGGCCGGUACUUCCGCUGGUGCCCUCUCGGGUCCCCUCCUGUUCACCGCUGAUCAGGCUCCGGGUUAUCUUCAGGGUACACGUGCUGUGCUCGGUCUCUUCAUUGCCUUGCUUGGCUGCGUGGGUAUUCAGACCCUUAACCUUUGGUUCUUGAACAAGCAGCACAAGAAGCGCAGAAUUGCCAACGGCAAGGCUAGUGAUAUCAAGGAUACCUCUAUGACCGCCGAGGUUGGCAUCGAUAGUAAGAUUCAGGCGGAGCAAGGGGAGGGCAUGCCCUUCAAGGACAUCACGGACAAGGAAAACGAUGAGUUCCUGUAUAUCUAUUGA